AUGCUGUUUGAUUGCUCCAUGAGCUACGAUAGCGAAUCUCCGUUUGCUGUAAACAUGAUAGUGCAUUUAGAGUGUGCCACCAACCUUGGAAGUGCAACAGCGCUGGCUCACGUGACCGCGCAUCGGAUAAACCCCGGCCCGUAUAGCCUGCCAGCUUCCUCGCGUUUUCCAGCCAAAGCAAGUGAGAGUGAGCUAUCCCCCGCGGUCUACACCAACAAAGUAACACGAUACAGACCCGAACCUCUUAAACACACCUCAAGUCUUUCGCCCAGCAUGAAGCUAGUCAGAUUUCUUAUGAAGUGCCAGAAUGAAACAGUCACAGUCGAGCUCAAGAAUGGUACUAUCGUCAACGGCACCAUCACCUCCGUCUCACCGCUCAUGAACGUUGCGCUCCGAGCAGUCAAGUACACACCCAAGUCGCGCGACACUGUAGCUCUCGACUCCAUGACCGUUCGUGGUUCAACUAUCCGCUACGUCAUUCUCCCCGACUCAUUACCGCUUGACACCCUCCUCAUUGACGAUGCGCCGAAGCCCAAGAACAAGGCGAGGAAAGAAGCGACUGGCGGUGACCGCGGAGGCAGAGGAGGCGGCCGUGGUGGUGGCAGGGGACGUGGUGGACCUCGUGGUGGUGGACGUGGAGGUGGUCGCGGACGGGGCAGGGGUUUCUAG